UCCACUUUCGCUCAGUCUCUACUGCUCGAUUGUAGGAAAAUGAAAGCGUAUGUUGUAAACCAAUGGCUCAAGGGCCCCGAAGACUUGACUUUGUCGACCAAUGUUCCAGUUCCAGAGCCAAAGGAAGGCGAACUUCAAAUCCAAGUCAAAGCCGUUGGGCUCAACUUUUUCGACACACUCAUGAUCCAGGGACGUUAUCAGAUCAAACCCCCUUUUCCUUUCAUUCCAGGUGGCGAAUUUGCUGGAAUUGUUUUAAAGUCUACUGUUGCGGAUUUCAAAGCUGGUGAUCGUGUGUUUGGUUCUGCAGCCUCAUUCGCAGAAGUCAUCACAGCUCCAUAUCGCAACGUCCUGCCCAUGCCGAGUUCCUUUACGUUUGAACAAGCAGCCGGUCUGUACAUCACUUAUCCUACGAGUUAUGCGGGGCUCGUUCUGCGCGCCAAUCUUAAAGCUGGAGAGUACUGCUUAAUUCACGCUGCUGCUGGCGGGGUUGGGAUUGCCGCCGUGCAAAUCGCAAAAGCGCUUGGUGCCACAGUCAUUGCAACGGCAGGAUCGAAGGAGAAGCUGGAAGUUGCGAAAAAAUUUGGCGCAGACUUUGCUAUUAAUUAUCGGGAUGAGAAUUGGACCGCCCAAGUAAAAAAAGUGACAAAUGGCCAUGGUGCCGACGUGGUUUACGAUCCUGUAGGGUUAAUAGAAGAAAGUACAAAAUGCACUGCAUGGAAUGGGCGACUUCUGGUCAUCGGAUUUGCUAAAGGUCAAAUUGAGAAACUACCGUUGAAUCGGUUGUUACUGAAGAAUAUCUCGGCUGUCGGCCUUCAUUGGGGAGCAUAUACCAAAAACGAACCGGAGCGCAUCCCUGAAGUAUGGAAAGCGCUAUUUGAUCUAUUCGAAUCGGGAAAGUUAAACCCGGCACUAUACGAGAACAUUUAUUCUCUAGCCACACUGCCCAGAGGCCUUGAAGCAAUCAAUGCGAGGGAAUCUUAUGCAAAAGUAGUUGCAAGAUUCGACCAACAUGAUAGCAAGAUAUAGAUAUGAAAUUUUUAAUAAAUUUGUUGAUACUCGGGCGCUGUGCUUGAAAGGAAUAAAGAGAACGUUUUCCUUUUUA